ACCAAAACCCAAACACGUGUGGUUCUAAAUAUUUCUCUUCAAAAAUUUCCGCAAAAAAUAUUAAAAAUUCAAUAUGAAUAAAAAUAAGAACAAAAAUAAUCUUUUCGAUGAUUCUGAAGAAAGUGACAAAGAUAUUGAAUUUAAUACAAACGCUGGAUAUGCAAAAUCUUACAAUAAAUUUCGUCAAAAAGAAUUAUUAAAAAAGUAUAAGGAUCGUGGAAACGAUGUCUCCGAUUCGGAUUCAUCAAGUGAGAGUGACUCCAGUGAUGAGGAUGAAAUUAUCGAUUCCAAAUUUGAUCAGGAGUUCUUUAAGACACUUUCAUCAUUGAAAAGCAAAGAUCCAACCAUAUACGAUAAAAAUACCCGAUUCUUUGAUGGUGUCGAACUCGGAGUUGGCGUUGGGCAAAAUAAAAAACAAACAUCCUCGAAACCUGUAACCUUAAAUGAUUAUGAGCGCAAAAUUAUCUUAGAAAAUGGGGGCAAAUUUGAAGAUGAAUCGGCAAAUGAAAAUGAAGAGCAUGAAGAAGAUGAAAGGGCAGCAUCUCCGACGUAUGUUGAAGAGCAACGUAAGCUUAAGGAUGAGUUUAGGAAAGUUAUCAACGCGGAAAACUCAGAUGAUGAAGAGUUCGGCGGUAUUUUCAAGAAGAGAGUUAAAUCUAAAGAGGAAAAGGAAAAAGAAGAAGCUGACUUUACCAAAUGGCUAGCUGGAAAGAAGGACGAUAUAGAGGAAGAAGUUAAAAAAUCUCUUGGACCACUUAAAAAUUAUUGGUCGAAUGCAAAACUGCCUCAAAGAGAAAAAUUCCUCCGAGACUAUAUUUUAAAUCAAGGUUAUGCUGAAACGAACUUUGCUGAUAUUCCAACUUAUGAAGAUAUCGUUGGAGAAGAUGAAAAUCUAUCAGAAGACGAAGUUGAACUUGAAAAACAAGAAGAAUUCGAACAUAAGUACAAUUUUCGUUUUGAAGAACCCGACUCGGAAUUUAUAAAACGUUAUCCGCGUACCAUUGAACAAUCUGUGCGUAAACAAGAUGAUUCACGAAAACAAAAGCGUCAAGAAAUAAAAGAACGCAAAGAACGUGAGAAAAAACAAAAAAUGCAAGAACUCGAAAUGGUAAAGGCCAUGAAGCGAAAAGAAAUCGAAGAGAAAAUAAUGAAAUUGAAAGAGGUCACUGGAAAUGAUGAACUCGGAUUCAAAGACGAAGAGCUCGAAGAUGAAUUUGAUCCAGAAGCUCAUGAUAGACGUAUGCAAGAAUUAUUCAAUGACGAUUAUUAUCAAGUUGAUGCGGACGAAGAGAAGCCCGAGUGUCCUGAUAUUGAGGAGUUGAAAGUAGAAGAUUGGGAUAACUAUGAUCCAACUAAAGAUGAUUAUGGUAAUGAAUACAACGAGCCCCAUUGUGAAGACGAAGAUUUCAAUAUGGAUUGUGAUUAUGACCCAAAUGCCAAGGAAAUUCUGCAACAAGAGCUUAUAGAGAAUACACGGGGCAAGAGGAAGAAGAGGAAAAGAAAUCGCUUUGCAGAAGUAAUCAAAGCUGAAAAACCUGUGUUCAAUCCGGACGAUGAAAAGACAUAUGGAGAAUACAUUGAUGAAUACUAUAAAUUAGACUGUGAGGAUAUUAUUGGUGACUUGCCAUGCCGAUUCAAGUACACCGAAACAGUGCCAAACGAUUUUGGAUUAACAAUUGAAGAGAUUCUUUUGGCUAAAAAUAAGGAACUUAAUCAAUGGGCAAGUCUAAAAAAGACAGUGCAAAUUCGUCCUGACAAUGUUGAGAAAAAGGAGCAAAAACUGUAUAAGAUGAAGGCGAAUAAUGAAGCCUUAAAAAGAAAAAUAUUCAAAAGCCUUUAUGGAGAUGGAUCAGACGAUGAAGAUGGUGAAGAAAACAAUCAACCAUCACCAAGUCAAUUCCCUGUCAAGCGCAAAGCUUCCGAAACAGUAACCUCAUCAGAUUCUAAAAUAAGUAAAUCCAAUGAAGAAACGGAGGAAAAUAAGAAUAAUGCAGAUUCUUCUGUUGACAAAACAUUAGAAGAAUCAAAAACUGAAACCAAGGCUGAAGCAGGUACUUCAUCCAAUCCUGACGGAGAAAAACAGAAAAAGAAAAAGAAGAAGAAAAAAAAGAACACAGCACAAAAUGUACCGCAAGUUGGGGAGCAGCAGAAAAAAACAAGCCAAAAGCAAGAACCCAAAAAAGAAGACGUAAAAUCAAAAACAUCAUCGAAAAAUCCAUUUAACAACAAUAAGGAUCAAAGAAAACACGCAAAUGGUAAAUCGAAUGCAACUCAGAGCUCCAAUAAAAGCAGUAAUAAAAAUAAAUUCAAUAAAAGCAAUGCCAACCAGCAAAAAAACGGUGAUAAUGGUACAUCAUCACAGAUUACAGAUGACCGCCUAAAAGCCUAUGGAAUUAAUCCAAAGAAGUUCCAUAAAAAGCAGAAGUUUUUUAAUAAGUCAGCGUAGUGUAAAAGUUACCUAGAGUCGGUUUACAGAAUCUAGAAAUUUGAAUGGGUUCAUUUGAACGAAAUGUUAUUCGUUCUAUAAAAGACUUUUCGUAUUUUGUCUUUUAUUUUCAAACAAAUCAAAACAUGUUAAAUAAAAAUUGUAUAAUAUUUUUUUAUUUAAUUAAAUAGAAAAUUAUUUCGAAUUGAA